AUGCAAAUCGAGCACUUCGCAGAGCUUCGGCAUGAGAUGGAAAGCUUCCAGACUAAGCUAACAGCCGCUUUAGAAGAGCGCAAAUUGACACUCCUACGAGCUGUUGAAGGGUACUUACAGGAUGUGCAGCAGCUUGAAGCUAGACAGCAGGAAUCAAACAAUCGGCUCAAACAAUUGAAAAGCCAAGAGAGGGCACUCGAACAAGAAAUCGAAAUCUCAGAGAGAGAGAGGGACGAGACGAUUGCGAAAGCGGAGGUAUACAAGGCCAGGAAGCAGCAGAUUGAUAGCGAGAGAGCUGUACUUACAAGGGAUUCACAAGAGCUGCGAAAGCUGCUGCUACAAAAACAAGAUGAGAUCCAAAACAAGAGAAUAAUCCUACAGAAACAGCAGCAGAAAGACUCUCUAGAUGCAAAGGCAUAUGAAGAGCUCCUGGGCCUGAGGAUUGAAGCCCCGGAGCCUGAAAUCCUGAAGUUUAUCUUCAAUCGGGUGUCAGAGUUCGAGGAAAAUGCAUCGUGCGAGAUCGCAAUAGAUCUAUCUCAGGCGUCUUAUAAAAUAAUACAUUCUGCACCCCGCCUCGAGGCGGGAGCUGUUACCGAUCUGGAGCUCAAGCUGAGCUCUGACGGGGACCUGGGCUCCUUUCUGAAAGAGAGCAGAGCUCAGCUGAUCACAGAGUACUCACGUCAGUAA